AUACCCUUCGGGAGGUCUGCGGUAAGGGCUCUAGCCCGGCCGCCACGGCGUUAAAUACAACAACAACAACAACAACAACAACACAGCAUUCACCUCCCACUUCGUCUCUCAGUCUCUCACAGUACCGUACCUAGCGAGAAACGAGCAACCCAACCAGCAAUCGCAAGUCAUAUUUGUCACCCAAAAUGACGGCAAAAGCUUCCAUGCUCGAUGUUGACGUAGACCCGCCGACGUAUGAUAAUGCCGUCAAUGAUACACGGACGCAGCUCAGCUGUGGAGAGACACCGACGUUGUUCCUGGAUAAAACAACAAUUUUCGCCCACACCUCACCACCUCGUGCGCUCUAUGAAUUAAGCAAUGCCGUGACCGACGCAAAAUCGUCGGUGUACGGAGUUCAGAGGGUGGUCUAUCGAAUCUCGUCAGAAUCCGGCAGCGACAAAGUGAGAACAAGAUUAGAUCAUAUCUACGACUUCACGCAGGACCCGCUCAAGGGACUCGAAAGCUGCAAAAUGCAGUUGCACGAUGUCAUAGUCAUUACGGGUCAGAUGAGCUCCAAGAGAACGUACAAGGAAGUGUACCUGAUGCCUGGCGUUUCUGGGUGGAAGGUCAAGGAUCACUUCAGAGCCGGCGAUAGCGCGGUGCACCGGAUGAAGCACCAAGAUGAGAUCCAUUGGAAGAACAUGAAGGGAGAGGUCGUCGCUAUUGAGUCAGUCGCCAAGCGGGACAAGGAGAAGAACCUGAUGGGUAUGCCCCAGUUGGAUGUUGUACUACCAAUGGAUCACAAGGAGCUGGACCUGUUGGUGACAAGCUGGAUGGCGAGGCUCUGGAGGCAGUCCGCUGAUGAAACGAAAGAUCCCAUGACCUGGAAGGACUUCAAGGAGAUUUCCAAGCUUGCUCUAAACAGAAAUAAGUUUGGAAACACUUGGGCGCUAAGUGCUAGGUAGCUGAGCUGGAGGUUAGUCCCAUAGGGCAGACUGCGCACCUGAGCUUACUGUACCUACGCAGCGGGGCGGGCUAAGGGAUGGUGUAGGCCAAGAGCAGGCGUCAAUAUACCCAUGAUUUGAAGCACAGCGGCGAAGUCACAACGAGCAAAGUAGACCUAAGACCUCUAUGGACUUCAAUGAAAGGACAGCAUGCUUCAUAAUUUACAUUUAGACAAGAC